AACCAAAAAAACCAAAAAAUUUAGGAAACAAAAACACAAACAUAAGCAAAACACAAAAAACAAGAAAAACCACAAAGUUAAAUAAACAGAAGAGAGCCGGUGAGCGUGUGCAACGGUCGAAGCAUCUAAUCAUUUUGUUCUUCACGAGAAAAAGCAUCAAAACGGCCUUUUCUUCCUCUUUCUCUCUCUUCUUCCUUUUUCUUUUUUAUGGCUUAAAAUUAUGAGAGAGAAAAAAAGCUAAAAGAAAAACAAUAAAAUAAAAGGGUAAGAAAGAAACGAAGAAAGAACUGCCCCAAAUGCCUUUUCUUCCGCUUCCUUUUUGAUCUUCAAAAACAAUGGCUGACGAUCUCUGUUCCUUCACCAAGGAUGUAUUUAUCACAAAGGCACCAAAAAAAUCUCCAUUGGUGUUGAGGAUGAUUGUCUUGGUCUUUGCAAUGGUAUGUGGUGUGUAUAUAUGCUCAAUUUGUGUAAAGCAAAUUAGCACACGCAGCAAGGCCGGAUUUCUGAAUAUCCCAGUGAUCCAAAAGGCGUGUCCAGAACCUAAUAUUGAACCAUGGGAGAUUCCUUAUGUGCAUUACCCUAAACCUAAAACUUAUAGCAGGGCUGAAUGUGCAUGUAAUCCUGUGAGAUAUUUCGCCAUUUUGUCAAUGCAGAGAUCCGGAAGUGGAUGGUUUGAGACAUUGUUAAACAAUCAUACUAACGUAAGCUCUAAUGGGGAGAUUUUCUCUGUUAAAGUUAGGAGGAGUAAUAUUUCCACAAUCGUUGAGACUUUAGAUAAAAUCUAUAAUCUAGAUUGGCUCAGUAGUGCUUCAAAGAAUGAAUGCACAGCUGCGGUUGGCUUAAAGUGGAUGCUUAAUCAGGGUCUCAUGCAGCAUCAUACAGAAAUAGUAGAGUACUUCAAUACUCGGGGGGUUUCAAUUAUAUUUCUCUUCCGAAGGAAUCUACUGCGUAGGAUGAUUUCAGUUCUGGCAAAUUUGUAUGAUCGAGAUGCUAAGCUAUUAAAUGGGACCCACAAGUCUCAUGUGCAUUCCCCUCAUGAGGCAGACAUACUUGCAAAAUACAAGCCCACAAUCAAUGCAACAUUGCUGAUACCCAAUCUGAAGCAAGUAGAAGAGACUACUGCCAAAGCUUUGGAGUACUUCAAUAGCACUCGGCACAUCAUCCUAUACUAUGAAGAUGUAGUAAAAAACCGCACUAAGUUAACAGACGUUCAAGAUUUCUUGAAGGUUCCACGUAGGGAAUUAAAGAGUCGGCAGGUGAAGAUACACAAAGGUUCUCUUUCUCAACAGGUUGAGAAUUGGGAUGAUCUCAAAAAGGUGAUCAACGGAACUCAUUAUGAAAGUUUCCUCCAAGCAGAUUAUCGAAAGUAAAGCAAGGAUUGUGUAUAUAACAUGCUCCAUUCUCUCUUUCUUCACUCACUCACUCACUUCUCUCUCUCUUUUCUUUUUUCUUUAGAUUUUUGCCACAGGAGCCAACAGGACAUUUGUCCUGUUGAAAUUUUGGCUGUGGCACUUGUGUUGUGCCUUCGGCUUAUUUGAUUUUUACCCCUCCUACUAAUAUUCUAUUGAUUCUUUUUUAUCCUCCCUUUUUGGAUGAAAUUUGUUGUAUUUCAGCUGAUCAAGAAAGAAAAAUGCAGUUUCACUGAGUAACUUGUCUCCAUAUACACUUCUAUAAAUUUUUUUUUUUUUUUGGUGGCAAGUAAAUUUGAAGAUGAG